UUGUGGGCGGGGCUGGCGGUGAAAGGGUCGAGGCCCGUCGUGUCGGGGCUGCACCGUGCCGGGCACAACCCCGAGCCCUCUUACCGGCGCUGGCCGCGGGGCCCAGGCUGUGUUUCCUGUUCUCCUCGUGCCCGGGAUCCCGGAAGGUGCCCCGAGCGGGAGCCCCGGGGCAGCUCGGGGCGUUCCCUCGCCCCGCUCCCUCCCCUCCCUCUGGUUCGGUUCAUUAUCGCAGGAUCGAUCCGCACUUCGGCCCCGCGAUCCUCUGGUCGUCAUGGCAGCCACCAGGAGCGUGAUGAGAGCGGUCCGAGUGUUUGAAUUUGGUGGCCCUGAAGUGCUUAAACUCCAGUCAGAUGUGUUAGUUCCUCUUCCAAAAGAAAACCAGGUAUUAAUUAAAGUCCAUGCCUGUGGGGUGAAUCCUGUUGAGACAUAUAUUCGUUCUGGGACUUAUGCCAGGAAACCAGCUUUACCCUACACUCCUGGCUCGGAUGUGGCUGGGGUGGUUGAAAGUGUUGGGGAGCACGUGACUGCAUUCAAGAAAGGUGACAAAGUUUUCACCCUUGAAACACUUUCUGGAGGAUAUGCAGAGUAUGCAGUUGCUGCAGCCAACAGAGUCUUUCCUUUGCCAGACAAACUGGACUUUAGGCAGGGAGCAGCGAUUGGAGUGCCCUACUUCACUGCCUACCGGGCCCUUUUCCAGAAAGGCUGUGCCAAAGCAGGGGAAAGCGUGCUGGUGCAUGGUGCUAGUGGGGGGGUGGGACUAGCAGCAUGUCAGAUUGCCAGAGCUUGUGGUUUGAAGGUUUUGGGCACAGCAGGAACUGAGGAGGGCAUGAAUAUGAUCCUGAGAAAUGGUGCUCACCACGCCUUUAAUCACAGAGACCCGAAUUACACCGAGAAAAUUAAGGCGUGCACAGGGCCGGGGGGAGUCGAUAUCAUCAUAGAAAUGCUCUCUAAUGUCAACCUGGAUGCUGACUUGCAGCUGCUGUCCCGCGCAGGGAGGGUGAUGGUCGUGGGCUGCAGAGGACGCAUCGAGAUCAACCCAAGAGACACAAUGAGCAAAGAGUCCAGCAUAAUCGGAGUGAGUCUGUUUCUUGCAACUGAGGAGGAAAGGCAGGAAUGUGCCACAGCACUCCUUGAUGGUGUAGAAGCUGGCUGGCUGAAACCUGUUGUGGGCUUGGAAUAUCCCCUGGAGAAAGUAGCCAAGGCUCAUGAAGACAUUAUUUGUAGCAGUGGUGCCCGAGGGAAGAUGGUGCUACUUCUAUAAAGGAACACCUUUUUCUGUUUAUUUUGUAGCUGUUAUAACUGCACCUUUGCUUACAUGGUUCACUGAAAUGUAUAAAUAUACCUUUGAUCAUGUUUGACAGUAGCAGAAAAUGCUCACUUAGAUGAAUUAGUUAACAUUUUCUUUUUGUAAUGAGCAGAGUUGCAUUUACUGUAAAGUAAUUUUGGUAGCUUUUUUGAUUGAUGUGGAAAUAAUAAAUUUUCUCUGCUAGUG